AAAAAAAAAAAAAAACGAUUGAAAAUAAGAAAAGGAAAAAGAAAGAAAAAAAAACAAAAAAUGAAAGAAAUUAUUCAUAGUUAUAAAUUUUUGGUUCCAUAUUUACGUUUAGCUGCUUUUUGUUUGUUUGUUAAUUUUCACAUUCUAGCAACAAUCAAAGAUUUAAUGCUAUCCCUAACUUUAAAACUAAUUAUCGUAAACACAUAAGCUUACAUCUUAAAUAGUAUGCAAAACAAAAGCUGUUGUUUAAGCGGAUAAAGUGAAGUUGUCAACGUGAGAGAAAUCAUUAAUUAAAUCUUGCAAAAUACUUUACCAUAAGUUCACAUUUGUUUACUUUUGUCCACAAAUCGUAUUUGAACUUAUUUUUUUUUUUAUCUACUUACCAUAAAACUCAACCAGCGAUCAACCAAGCAACAGCAACAAAACAACAAAUAAAUGAAAAAGAAAACAAAAAAAAAAAACAAAAAGAAGAAUGAAUGAAUCAGCGUGUGUAGAAGAACCGACGCGCCUAAACAGCUGUGUGUAUUUUUCCAAUUUAUAAUUUUUAUGUUGUAUGUAUGUAUUUAAAUAAAACAUUUAUAAUAAAAAUCGUAUAUAUAUACAUAUAUAUAUAAAAGUCGAAACAACAUUCUAUGGAAUCAAGUUUCUAAUUUCGAUAAAGCUCUUCGGUUUUAUAUAUAUUUAGAAAUUUUAACCCUUUGGUUAUAUGUAUUAAGAGUUCGUUCGAAGAGCGCAUGUUUUCCACUUGAAACAAUAUUUCUUUUUCUAAAACAAUAUUUCGAUUCUGAGAAACUAAAACUCUUUUCUUGCUCUAUAAAAAAGAAAACUGUGCCCGCUCAAAGCAAAAGUCUAAAAUUGACCUAAAAUAGUUCGUUGUAUUUAAACUGACUUUGUUAAUCGGCAUUUUAACUUAGUUUAAAUAGAACAGCUUUAUUUAUUUUUUUUUUUAAUUUUAGAAAUCUUAAGAACACACUCAUUUGGAGCGCGAUUAGGCAUUCGCACUGUGGAGAGCCGGGAAACGUACUGAUUCAGGAUUUGUCAUCCGGCAAUUUGAUUGUGAUAUUUUUAGGAAACAAAGAGCUUUAAUGAGGAUGCGCUUUCCUAGCUAAGGCAGUGCGCAAGCUGCGUUCAGUUGCUAUUGGUUGGUCCGCAAAUGAGCUCCACGAAUGCCAAGGGCAAAGUACAAUGGCGCCGUAAUAGGGGCGAUACGGCAGCUAGGCGUAGAGAGACCAUGCCCUGGCUAAUAAAGCGAUACAAGCUGGUCAUCUUGGGCGCUGCGACGGUGGGCAAGUCAUCCCUGGUCUCCCACUUUACCCACGGCAGCUAUCUGAGUGUUAAGGAGAACACGCUCGUUGCCGCCUUUUCCAGCAUAUAUCUGAACAAGUGCCUGAAAUUUGACACCUGGGAAGUGGCCGGCGAGGAACGCUGGCAUCGUUUGGCGCAUUUGUAUUAUAGGGGCGCCCAGGCGGCGCUUGUGGUCUACGAUGUGCAGGAUCGGGCUAGUUAUGUCUGCGCCAAGGACUGGAUCGACGAGGUACGCAUAAAGCUAGCCCCGGAUCUGGUUAUUGCCAUAGCCGCCAAUAAGGUGGAUUUGUGGGAUGAUUUGUGCGUGAAUUCUGAUGAAAUGAAAUCGUUGGCUCAAAAUAAUGACUAUAUAUUCAUGGAAACGUCGGCCAGAACGGGUCAAAAUGUACAUGAAAUUUUCGCCGCAAUCGCUGAAAAACUGCAAGCAAGAAAAAAUCCUGAUACAUUAAAAGUAAGUUCAGAUGAAUUUUGCGGCUGUCGAAUACUAUAAACCGGAAUUCCAAUUAUUAUUAAUCUUAACCUUCAACUGGAUUAGUUGAAAAUAAACAAAU